AUGGCAUCCCAGACGCAAACCGAAGGCACUGCACGCCCUGAUGAAAAUAAUGGCCUCCAUGGCUUCACCGGCGAUGCCGAUCAUACCAGCAAGCAAUAUUAUUUCAGCCUUUACUUCAUCGGCAGCUUUUGUGCCAUUGGCAUGGGACUGCUUGCAGGUGUGGCUGGCUUUGGCUACGCAGCGCCUAUACUUGGCGUUAUCGACGCAGACAUUGGUCCAUCGCCAUACUUGACAUGGGUCGCGAUUGUCUAUACGCUAUGCGUUGCGGUCGGCCUUACGCUUGUUGGGCGACUGACCGAUCUCUUCGGUCGCCGUUACUUCUUCAUUGGAGGCUCGAUCCUUGGAACCGCUGGAAGCAUAGUUUGCGCGACUGCUGGCUCAAUCAACACACUCAUCGGAGGGACAACACUGAUCGGAUUGGGAGCUGCCACACAGCUCUCAUUCCAUUUCGUAACAGCGGAGCUGGUUCCGAUGCGUGCGCGCUUCUGGUCGGUGGCAAUCAUUUACUGUUUCUCGAUUCCUGGCUCAGGCUUCGGACCGAUUAUCGCCCAAGCAUUUGUCUCACAUACAUCGGUUGGCUGGCGAGGCGUAUACUAUCUCCUCAUCGGCAUCAAUGUCGUGGCCCUUGCCUGCUGGACAUGCUUCUACUGGCCACCUCACUUCUCAGAGAAGAAUCCCGGCACUCGCCUAUCCGAGUUUGUCCGCAACUUCGACUACGUUGGGACUUUGCUGUACACAGCUGGUCUGACGUUGUUCUUGAUGGGUAUUUCUGUCGGUGGCCUUGGUGUCUUCCCCUGGAAGUCCGGGACCACGCUCGGACCACUCAUCGCUGGUGGUGUCUGUCUCAUUGCCUUAGCUGGAUGGGUAAUGUUUGCGAAUCCGAAGGAACCACUUAUCCCUCGCCACAUCAUCACCAACGGCAGCUUUGUCGCCUCUGCCAUCGUCCUCGGCCUUGGAGCUGCAGUCUACUACGCCUUCGCCGUGGUGUGGCCGCAGAUGGUUGCCGUGCUUUAUUCCAACGGUGACGCGCUGCGAAACGGGUGGCUAUCGUCUAUCGUUGGCGCUUGCUUCAUUGUUGGGCAGGUAUCCGGAGGCGUUUUCUGCAAGAUGAUUGGAAAGGUCAAGUAUCAAGUUCUGGUCACGAUGGCCAUUGGUGGAACACUCCUCGCGUGCAUGGCGACUUGCACGGCUGGAACGCUUGGUCGUGCCAUAGGAUUGUUGUCUGUCGCUUGUGUCCUCGUCGGCUGGACCGAGUCCGUGUGUCUGACGUUGCUGACUGUUUCGAUCGACAAUCAGCAGGAAAUUGGCACAGCCGGUGGGAUUGGCGCCUCGAUUCGUUCCGGAUUAGCCACAGUCUGUCAGACCAUAUACUUGGUGGUUCUCUCGACCCGCUUGACGGAGACAAUUCCAUCACAGGUCGUGCCUGCUGCUGUGGCUGCUGGUCUGCCAGAAUCAAGCGUGGUGGAUUUGCUGACAGCAUUCACCAUCGGCACGCCGAAGGCAUUCGAAGCAAUUCCAGGCAUUAGUGACACUGUUCUGGCGGCAGCAACGGCGGCGUACAAAAAUGCGAGCAGCGAUGCCUAUCACACAGUGUUUCUGACGAGCAUAGCGUUUAGCGGUAUCGCUGUUGUACUGGCACUCUUUAUCCGCAAUGUCGACGAUCGGAUGACUGCUGAUAUCGCGACUAAGCUGCAUCAUGGAGCUGGACUCGAGCACGAAGAUGUGGCCAACGAGAAAGCGGUGACUGAGUCGAUGGUCGAAUAG